GCCCGAGCGCUGCCCUGAGCGGGCCGGCGGUGCGGCCGCCGCGGGCGCCAUGGAGCAGUGGCGGCAGUGCGGCCGCUGGCUCAUCGACUGCAAGGUCCUGCCGCCCAACCACCGGGUCGUGUGGCCCUCGGCGGCGGUGUUCGACCUGGCGCAGGCGCUGCGCGACGGCGUCCUCCUGUGUCAGCUGCUGCACAACCUCUCCCCCGGCUCCAUCGACCUCAAGGACAUCAACUUCCGGCCGCAGAUGUCCCAGUUCCUGUGCUUGAAGAACAUCCGCACCUUCCUUAAAGUCUGCCAUGAUAAAUUUGGACUGAGAAACAGUGAGCUGUUUGACCCCUUUGACCUCUUCGAUGUCCGAGACUUUGGGAAGGUCAUCUCUGCCGUGUCCAGACUCUCCCUGCACCACGUGGCUCAGAACAAAGGGAUCAGGCCCUUUCCCUCGGAGGAGACCACCGAGAAUGACGACGAUGUGUACCGCAGCCUGGAGGAACUGGCGGACGAGCAUGACCUCGGGGAGGACAUCUACGACUGCGUCCCGUGUGAAGAUGAGGGGGACGACAUCUAUGAGGACAUUAUCAAGGUGGAGGUACGGCAGCCCAUGAAAAUGGGCAUGUCCGAGGAUGACAAGAGGAAUUGCUGCUUAUUGGAGAUUCAGGAGACCGAGGCCAAGUACUACCGGACCCUGGAGGACAUCGAGAAGAACUACAUGACCCCCCUGAGGCUGGUGCUGAGCCCGGCGGACAUGACAGCCAUCUUCAUCAACCUGGAGGACCUGAUCAAGGUGCAUCACAGCUUCCUGCGGGCCAUUGACGUGUCCAUGAUGGCAGGGGGCAGCACUCUAGCCAAGGUCUUCCUCGAUUUCAAGGAAAGGCUCCUGAUCUACGGGGAAUACUGCAGCCACAUGGAGCAUGCCCAGAACACGCUGAACCAGCUCCUCGCCAGCCGGGAAGACUUCAGACAGAAGGUCGAGGAAUGCACGCUGAAGGUCCAGGACGGGAAGUUUAAGCUUCAAGACCUGCUUGUGGUCCCCAUGCAGAGAGUGCUCAAAUACCACCUCCUCCUGAAGGAACUUCUGAGCCAUUCCACCGAUCGGCCCGAGAGACAGCAGCUCAAAGAAGCGCUAGAAGCCAUGCAGGACUUAGCGAUGUACAUAAACGAAGUUAAACGUGACAAGGAGACCCUGAAGAAAAUCAGUGAAUUUCAGAGUUCUAUAGAAAACUUGCAAGUGAAACUGGAGGAGUAUGGGAGGCCGAAGAUCGACGGGGAACUGAAGGUCCGGUCCAUAGUCAACCACACCAAGCAAGAUAGGUACUUGUUCCUGUUCGACAAGGUGGUCAUUGUCUGCAAGAGGAGAGGCUACAGCUAUGAGCUGAAGGAGGUCAUCGAGCUGCUCUUCCACAAGAUGACCGACGACCCCAUGAACAACAAGGAUGUCAAGAAGUGGUCCUACGGUUUCUAUUUAAUUCAUCUGCAAGGAAAGCAGGGCUUCCAGUUCUUCUGCAAGACCGAAGACAUGAAGCGGAAGUGGAUGGAGCAGUUCGAGAUGGCCAUGUCCAACAUCAAGCCAGACAAAGCCAAUGCCAACCACCACAGCUUCCAGAUGUACACUUUUGACAAGACCACCAACUGCAAAGCUUGUAGGAUGUUCCUCAGGGGCACAUUUUACCAGGGCUACCUGUGCACCAAGUGUGGUGUCGGGGCGCACAAGGAGUGUCUGGAAGUGACGCCUCCCUGCAAGAUCAGUUCUCCCGCAGACCUGGACGCCUCUGGAGCAGGACCAGGUCCCAAGAUGGUGGCCAUGCAGAAUUACCACGGCAACCCAGCUCCCCCCGGGAAGCCAGUGCUGACCUUCCAGACGGGUGAUGUGAUCGAGCUGCUGAGAGGCGACCCCGAGUCUCAGUGGUGGGAGGGUCGGCUGGUGCAAACCAGGAAGUCAGGCUACUUUCCUAGCUCAUCCGUGAAGCCCUGCCCCGUGGACGGAAGGCCGCCCAUCAGCCGGCCACCAUCCCGGGAGAUCGACUACACCGCCUACCCCUGGUUUGCGGGCAACAUGGAGAGGCAGCAGACCGACAACCUGCUCAAGUCGCACACCAGCGGGACCUACCUAAUCAGGGAGCGGCCGGCCGAGGCGGAGCGCUUUGCCAUAAGCAUCAAGUUCAAUGACGAGGUGAAACACAUCAAGGUGGUGGAGAAGGACAGUUGGAUCCACAUCACAGAAGCGAAGAAAUUUGAAAGCCUCUUGGAGCUGGUGGAGUACUACCAGUGCCACUCGCUCAAGGAGAGCUUCAAGCAGCUGGACACCACGCUCAAGUACCCCUACAAGUCAAGGGAGCGCGCGGCCUCCAGGGCCUCCAGCCGGUCUCCAGUGUUCACGCCCCGUGUCAUUGGCACGGCCGUGGCCAGGUACAACUUUGCUGCCCGGGACAUGCGGGAGCUCUCGCUGCGGGAAGGCGAUGUGGUGAAGAUCUACAGUCGCAUUGGCGGGGACCAGGGCUGGUGGAAGGGCGAGGCCAAUGGACGGAUCGGCUGGUUUCCUUCAACAUAUGUAGAGGAGGAGGGCGUCCAGUGAUGGCGACAACAUGGACAGGACUCGUGGGUUUUCUUGGAAGAGUCCAGCUCUGAAGUCUGUCUCUAGCCCCGUGACGCAGAGGGGACAUGCCCGCCAACCUUCCAGUGUUCAACAGCCCAUAAGGAUGGGGAGGGUGUUCAGAAUCCUAAAUGCGAACUGGCCCACCAUCCACCUGCCCUCGGUGGCCUGUCCUGGGUACGCUACUUGUACAUAGAGGCGACUUGGGCCGGACCCGCCGUGGCUGCCACUGCCAGAGUGCUGAGGAGGGGGAGCGCUGGUGGUGUUCUGAGCCAG